AUGUAUAGACAACGCCGACACCCCUCCAGGGUGGCCCAGUUCCUCCUCACCACCCAGCUCAUCAUCUUCGCCAUCUCCAACCUCGCCCUCCUGGCCCUCUCCUUCGUCGCCAUGUCCAACGCCAGACGCCAGCCAGACGCCAUAUUCCCAGACUGGGCCGUCUACAACUACACGGCCGCGGCCGCCGGCGUCGGCUUCGCCGUCCUCUUCACCACCUUCAUCACCGCCCUUGGUCGCCACCGCCGCGCCUCCGGCCCCGGCCCGUUCCUGACCCCCCGCUACGUCCGUCGCUGCACGCUCUUCACAGUCGCCCUGCACGCCGCCGCGCUGCUGCUGGUCUUCCACGAGGCGUACGUCUGGGAGCAGAUCUCCCCGGGGGAGAAGCACCAGAUCCCCUGGUCUCUGCUCACCAUCAAGCACGUCGUCGACCUCAAAAUAGGCGGCUUUGUAUUCAAGAUAGCCGGUCUCACCAUUCUCACCGGGUCGCUAUUUACAGGCCUAUCUCUUGCGUUUGAGGAGCCAUCCGUGAGAGAAUACCCAAGUAAGGAGGCGGCGACAAGGUCUCCAAGCACGCUUCAGGCGAUAUAA